UUUUUCCCAUUUAUUCAUUCUUCAGGUUAUCAGUUCUGAUCUGGGAGUUUUGAAGAAGGUUCUGGAAGAAGGGAAGAGUUGGGAAUCACCUAGGGAGCCUUAUGAAGUGAAAGCCAGGAUUUCGGCAAAGUCAGUUGAUGGAAGAGUGAUUCUGUCUCAUACUCGGGAUGAACCAUAUUCCUUUACAUUUGGUAAAUCUGAGAUUAGGUCCCAGUAGGUCUAGAAAUGGGAAUAGGAUCGAUGUCACUGGGAGAGAAAGCAGUGGUUUAUGUUACACAUCAAUACUUGAAUCAAUCUCCUCUUAUACCUACAACAGAAGGCUUCGAGGAAAUUAUUUUUGAAGUUGAGCUUGUCCACUUCAUUCAGGUACGGGAUGUGCUUGGAGAUGGACGCCUAAUCAAACGCCGUAUUCGUGAUGGAAGAGGUGAGUUUCCUAUGGACUGCCCUCUCCAGGACAGUUUUUUGCGCGUCCACUACAAGGGUAUGCUUCUCAAUGAUGAGAAAACGGUCUUCUAUGAUACUAAGCUUGACAACAAUGGUCAGCCUCUGGAAUUCAGUUCUGGAGAGGGGCUUGUUCCUGAAGGAUUCGAAAUGUGUGUCCGUCUAAUGGUGCCUGGGGAGAUAGCUCUUGUCACAUGCCCUCCUGAUUAUGCUUAUGAUAAAUUCAAAAGGCCUGCUAAUGUUCCUGAAGGUGCCCAUGUCCAAUGGGAGAUUGAGCUUCUAGAUUUUAACACACCAAAGGACUGGACUGGCCUUGGUUUUAGGGAAAUAAUGGAUGAUGUUAAGAAGAUCAGAGGCACGGGAAACAGGCUUUUUGGUGAAGGGAAGUUUGAGCUUGCAAAGGCAAAGUAUGAUAAGGUUCUUCGCGAAUUUAAUCACGUUCAUCCUCAAGACGAUGAAGAGGGAAAGGAAUUCUCAGAAACCAGGAACUUGUUGCAUCUUAAUGUUGCUGCCUGCUAUCUGAAGUUGGGAGAGCACAAAAAGUCCAUAGAGACAUGUAACAAGGUGUUAGAUGCAAAUCCUGUACACGUCAAAGCAUUUUAUAGACGGGGAAUGGCUCACAUGGAAGCUGGAGAUUUUCAAGAAGCAAGGGAUGACUUUAACAAGAUGAUAAGCAUUGACAAGUCAGUCGAGUCAACCGUAAAGGCAGCUCUGGCAAAACUUAAAAAGGAAGAGCAGGAAGUAGAGAAGAGAGCUCGUCAGCAGUUUAAAGGGUUGUUCGACAAGAAGCCUGGGGAAAUUGCCGGUGGCGGAGAUGUGGUGGCUACUGAGAGUCACAAAUCCGGCGACGAAACCAGACGCCGCUUGCUUGCGACUGAAGAUUGCAUUGACCAGAGGGACCCACUUCCGCCUCGCGUGGGUUUCGUGUCCAAGUUCAGAAGGAUCUUCGAAUCUCUCGGCAUAAACAGAUGCACCAUAUUGUGACUGUAAGUUUGUUCUCUUUGUAGCUUUUAUGUCAUUUUCUUUCUUGAAAACAUUAGACUAGUUUGAAUGUGUUUGAACAAAAGAAAACUACACGAGAAAGAGAAAUAUGGCAAGAUUUGUGCUAAUAAGUUUUGACCUUUAAU